GUAAACACACAAUAGUAAACUUUGAGAGCGCGAGAACAAGCGCGAGCCUUUCGCUGACGUCACACCUCCCCCGCGAGCGCAACGCGAGAGCGAUGUGUUGGAAUGCGUGACUCUCGCACACUUCCUCGAUCGACUUGAGAGUUUACAAAUAACUUCGCACGAACCUUAUUUUCACAACAAAAUCGCCAAACUGCGCGUGAACACGAACGCUGGUUGAGCAUGUCUGCUCAAACAGUCUAUCCCUCUACAGCUGGUAUGUUCAUGCCUGGUGUUGGCAUUCCGCUGCCAGAGGUGAGCCAUGACCUUCCCGAGCUUUCUCCGAACGAAGUGGCCGCCCCUCAGCUAGUGAUGCUGGCUAAUGUGGUGAUAUCGUCUGAAACAUCUCCCUCAGACUGCAAUGCAGAAGAGAAGCAAAUGUUUGAACUCAAGACGGUUGGUAGCAGCAACUACUCUGACAGCGACGAAGAGGUGGUCGUCCGAUACAGCCUUGACAAUGAGAUGUCCGAGAACAGUUACCCGGAACAGGCCACCCGAGUCGAGCCAGAGGUGAAGGAAAGAGCACCGCAUCGUGACGAGAUGGAAAUAGCGGAGGACCUCUCUGAAAAAACCUCAUCGGAAUCCCGAACUACAGAAAAACGUAAGCGCAUCCCGGUCGUUGUCUUCGAAUCCAGCAAAAAGAAGAAACCCUUCUUUUGUAAACCCUGCCAAUACCAGGCCGAGAACGAAGAGGACUUCAUUCACCACAUCGGCAUUCACAGCGCCAAGAAGAUUAUUGCGGUAAACAGGGCAGCUGAUUCAGAUGACGACUUGGGCAGCGAAUCCGGACAACCUCAGACACCCAACGCGGAGAACGGUGAAAGUCUAAGUAACUCUAAAGGUGUGAUACGCUGCGAGCGCUGCGGAUACAACACCAACCGCUAUGAUCACUAUAUGGCUCAUCUUAAACAUCAUACCAAAGAGGGAGAAGAUCAGAAAGUUUUCAGAUGCACCAUUUGCCCUUACACCACCAUCAGUCAAUACCACUGGAAAAAACAUCUGAGAAAUCACUUUCCAAGCAAGCUUUUCACGUGCAACCAAUGCUCUUAUUUUUCGGAUCGCAAAAAUAACUACAUACAGCACAUCCGGACCCACACUGGUGAGCGUCCAUUUCAGUGCAUAUACUGUGAAUACUCAAGUUCACAAAAAACUCACCUUACUAGACACAUGAGAACCCAUUCAGGUGAGAGGCCUUUCAAAUGUGACAGCUGCAGUUACCUGGCAGCCAACCAACACGAAGUGACCCGCCAUGCCAGACAGGUCCACAAUGGUCCCAAGCCCCUGAGCUGCCCUUACUGUCAGUAUAAAACGGCAGACCGUAGCAACUUUAAAAAACAUGUCGAGCUUCACGUCAACCCUCGCCAGUUUCUUUGCCCGGUGUGCAAGUACGCAGCAUCCAAGAAGUGCAACCUGCAGUACCACAUCAAGUCAAGACACCCAGGGUAUUCUGAUAUUUCAUUGGAUGUGUCAAAGGUGAGGCUGCGUGUCAAAAGAACAGACGGCGAUGACCUGCCCACAAACACAGAGGACAAGGUUCCAGAUGAGAUUGGAGAGGGAGAAAAUGAUGAUGGAGAACAAGCAGGAGAAUUGGAUGACAUUGAAUCAGGCCCUAUCAACCUCUCCAUUAAGAAACCAAGUAAGCCUACAUCUUCUCCAGAGAAUGAACUGAUGGAGCGGACUAGAACGAAAAACACUGAUAUCAGUGGUAAAGAGAAACCUGGAAAGCCAAUCCAACAACCUAUUGAGAAAACCGAAGAGAAAAAGUCAGCGCCGAAAAGUGAUGGAAAAGAGAAAAACAAGAAGGACAAACGAAAGACUUCUGGAAAAGUUACAGACGUCACAACCACACAACCAGAGGUAUGCAUGAACAAACAAGACAGCAAAAAGGAGAAAGAGAUUAAAAAGGUUGAGAAGAAAUCCAAAUCUUUGGAGAAGGUUGCAAAGGGUCGUCCUAAGAAAGAGAAACCUUUAAAGGAGGCAUCGAAAGAAGCAACUGCAAAACAUCAAACUACUGGUGCAGAGUUGCAAAGAUUGGAUUUGGACAAAGAAAGAUUUGAGAAAGACCUAGAUAAAAAACAAAAAGAGAAGGAGGAAAGAAAGAGGCAAGAGAAGGAAAACAACUCACAGAACGAGACUGUAAAUGAGCCGGCAAUGGAGAACGAAGGUGCAAAGAAUUGCAGGAAACCUCAAAGCAAGAAGCCAUGCAAGAAACAAACAAAAUUAGCAAAGGUAAACACUGUAAAAGACACACAGAGUACAGAGGCAAUCCAAGAGGUCAGGACUAAACCAGCAAAAAGAAAAGCAGAGGCCAUGGAUGUAUUAGAGGCUUCAGUACAGAACUGUUCUUCCAAGCAGGUCAAGCGCAAGAAGAAGGAUGCAACCAACCCAUCGCCAUCAUCCGGUCCUCCAGUGACAAAUCGUACCAUACCUGAGAUUCUUAAGGACAUGAUGAGCAAAAGCAAGAACAAGAGUCCAGACAAACCUGAGAAGCAUGUCUUGGACCCCAAAAAUACUUGUGACAGUAAUGAGGAACCAGAGAAGUCAAGCACCCCACAGACUGAAAAGUCACCUAUGACAGAACCACUCAAAGUACUUGAUGGACCAGACCAGCAAACGCCGACAAAGGUGAACUGCCAAGACGAGGUAGUUGACAUGACCAAUUCUGUUGAGCACCAACCCACACAUCAAACUCCUGAAGGCAAGACCUUAACCAAUGACAUAUCAGAGGUGGACAGUGGAAAUGAGAUGCCAUCGCCUACAGACAGUGAGACUUGCCCAGGGUUCAGCCAACAGCAAGCUGUUGUCAGCCCAACCCUUGAACUUCCAGGUCCACCCAGUCACAAAUCCACUUAUGCGGAGGACGAUGAGGGUAUCCAUAGUCACGAUGGGGGAAGUGACAUCAGUGACAGUGCCUCUGAAGGAAGCUACGACUCUGGUCUCAACGGUUUAGCGGCUGCCAUAGAAGGUGGAGACAAACUUCCAGAGACUCCUACCGAGGAGCUUCCUUCUCCCAGCAAACUGCUCAGUCACACAUGUAUCUUCUGUGACCGUACCUUCUCCAUGGAGGUGGACUACCGUCGCCAUCUGAACCGCCAUCUUGUGAACGUGUAUUACUUGGAGGGGACGGCUCAGGGUGACAAGUAAAGGGGAGAUUUUAUUUGGACAUCUCUUGUGUCAGUUUAUGAGCAGGCUUUUUCAAUGCCUUCUAUGGAUGAUUUUUAGUGUUUAGCUUGACAUGACUUGAUUUCAUACCACAGUAUUCAUUCAUUUAGCAUAUGAAGUCUUUUGUUAACAUGGUAGAUCACAUUCUGCUUUUUUACCUAGAACUAUACAUGUUGUCUUUUGGAUCACAUCCAGCUGAAUCUGAUGUAUUUUAUGACUAAAUAAGCAUCUAUGUUUUUUCCCGCAUUUAUUAUCACACUACUUGGAAGCAACCAAACGGAGAAAGGCAGUACACUUUUACCCUCCAUCCCUGCAAAGAUGUGCGCUCAGACAGACCCAGGUGGUCCUGCCAUGAAUAGGCCGGAUGAUAAAAGGGCUUUCACAGUCUUUGUGUUGUUCCACUCAAGUGGAGCAGCUCCAUCACUGGUCAGAAAGACAAAGUGUGUGUUUAAAGCUGGCUUAUGUCAUUGCAUUCUCCGUUUCUUUGUUCCCUUUUACAGAUUUAAGAGCACUUGACAACUAAACAUAAAUGCACCUUUGAGAUUUCAUAUCAACAAAGUUUUUGUAAAGUGUUUUGUCAUGCUUGUAAGAGUAGCAGGGUUUUUCUUUUUCACUCUAUAUUUGCUUUCAAAGACUUUUGUUUGUGGUUCGGCUGUAAGACGAACUGCAUCAUCUUCUGAGUUUGUUGGGUUUUAUCUUUUAAGUUUCUCAUGUGAUUUAAAUUUCAUGCUAAAUCCAAAGAUUUUGUUGCCUUGUAUAUAUUUUUUCCUUCUUUUUUUGUGCUCUCCACAGCCUCAGACAAUCAAUUUUUUCUAUUAUUUUGUUUCUGAAAUGUAGAUUUUGUUUCUCUUUUAUUUUAAUCCAAAUAGAAAAAGUCGUUUUCCUCCUGUCCAGACCAUAUAACAUUCCCUUAAACAUAUUAAAUGAUUAUAUGCAUCAAAAUGUUAUCGGUCCAAAGUUGAACAGAUCAGACCUUUUUUGUGUCUGUGUGCAUGUGUGCUGUUUCCCUUAUGUCUGUCAAUGUCACCCAUGUUAUUCUCUGUAAAAAAGAUAUUUAAAAACAUUAAACACUGUAAUAGAGAACUUAGAAUAAUUUGCCUUUAGUGCAUUCAGUGCAAUAUUGGAUUUUGUGUGUUACCAAAGCAGGAUGUAGUUACAGAUCUGUAGAUGCAGAAUCGUAGGCCUCAAAAGUGCCCCGAAAAACUGCACUUGUGCGGUUUGAUACUUUAUCACUGUAACAUUUGUCUUGUCACUCUUUGUUUUUCAUUAUUCUCCACUUUUUGUAGAGAAGGUUUUCAUCACAACUCAAAUUUUGAGUCAUUUACAUGUCAUUGUAUUCAAGUGUCAUAUUAAUUUCUUGUUGAAAGUAGUCAUAUUAUAUUAGAUAAAAUGAACCUUAAUGUCAUCCCCUUAAUUUGACAGGGUAAUGAUUACAUUUGGCUUUUUAUAGAAAUUUAAUAUGACCUGUCAUGUGUGUAGCAGAAAAUAAAAAAGAAAACUCUUGCCACAA